AUGUAUAAGGGUGGUGUCUUCAACUUUAGCUUUGCCGUCAACCAGAACUUCCCUCAUGAUCCUCCCAAGGUCAAAUGCACACAGAAGAUCUAUCAUCCCAAUAUCGACUUGGAGGGCAACGUCUGCUUAAACAUUCUACGAGAGGACUGGAAGCCUGUGUUGAAUUUGAAUGCUGUCAUUGUGGGCAUGCAGUUCCUUUUCCUCGAGCCAAACGCCUCCGACCCUCUCAACAAGGACGCUGCGGAAGAUCUUCGCGCCACUCGUGACACCUUCAAGAAGAACGUACGCAACUCCAUGGCCGGCGGGUCCGUCCGAGGCAUAUCGUUUGAGCGGGUGCUACGGUGA